AUGUCUCAUCAGCUAUUGGAGACAUUUUUGGUCCAUAUUCGAAUCGAUGGCUUCGAAGUUCCUACCGCUCUGCUGGUCAUACUUCUGAAAACAUUCAUUUACAGUGCCAUCUGCUCGAGCGUUGCGCUCGUGUACUUCGAGUUGAUGUAUUUAGCCACACGCUAUCUAUACUUCCGAGGGUUCCUCAAACGAUAUGCUCCUCUUGACUCGACUCGACAUAUAAGCAUAGUAUUCUGGAGUUUGAUGUCGGCCUUCUUGCUGCCGAUUUUCACGGCUGUGACCUGCCAAAGCGGAAUGGAACGAUCAUUCGCCUUCAACCCGGUGUCCUGCUGCGCGCACACCUUGCUCUAUAUGGCAAUUCACGACGUUUUAUUCUUCUAUAUGCAUUUUGCCAUGCACAAGUUCCACAGCUUGCAUUUGGUAUACAAAUAUGUCCAUGCAAUGCAUCACGACGCAGUGCAUCUUAUGAACGCAUAUGCGAUUGGCUACGCAGAUUUUGGAGACGAUCUCCUUACAAUUGGAGUUCCCUGGGCCAUCUGGACACUGAUCGCCGGCUCGAAUUGGUGGAACUGGAUGUUACCUUUCAGCUUCAUGCUCAGCGCUACAUACAUUGGUCACAGCGGCUACCGGUCCGCGUCGCCAUGGUUUACGCUGUUCAAUCCCCUAUUUCUGCCCAUCAUGCUCAUUGUUGGCAAGCAGGCGUUGUCGCCUGCUGACCACCAGGUCCACCAUACUUACAGGAGAUAUAAUUUUGGGUUGUUUUUAAGGCUAUUGGACAAAUGGCACAAAACCUACAAAAAAUCGGACAAGAUAGCAUAUGAUGUGCACUACUGGAAGAAGUGGGUGCGAGUCAAGGAAAACAGAGAGAGCCUUGCAAAUAAUAAGUGGAAGGGGGGUAUCAAGUUCGAGGAGCUCACGAUAUAA